GCCUCCUCCUCCACCUAGUCCUACGUUAACCGGCUGACCAUUUCAUUUUUCGAUAACAUCAGCCAUGGCGUACCGGAUUCUCGAGGUAACACUGAUCUCGGCGAGCGACCUCAAGAAGGUGACGUUCUUCUCCCAGAUUCGCAUUUAUGCAAUUGCCUCCAUCUCUGGCGGUGACUCCCGCAUGCUUACUCACUGCACCCAAGUUGACCGCGACGGUGGAAGAAAUCCCACUUGGAAUGCCAAGUUCAGCUUCCCAAUCCCCCCAAGUGUGGACAUCCGCGGCCUUGCCCUCCAUGUCUUGUUGCGCGCCGAGGCGACCUUCUUCGGUCACCAUGACGUCGGUGAAAUAUUUGUGCCCCUAAAUGAUCUUCAACAUGGAGCGGUUGCUAGCAACGACCUCAAGACAGUGACCUACCAGGUGCGCCGGCCCUUGACUGGACGUGCCCAUGGCGUACUGUAUUUCUGCUACAAGUUCACCGACAUCAAAGCCGAGACAGUUCUGGCUGCCAACGUAAUAAAGGCCAAAGAAGACCAGUAUAUCAAGUAUGCUCAAGAUUCCGGGAAGGCAAUGGCACAUGUCGCCACAUACCCAGAAUCACAAGCGGCAUUGGCGUACCCACCAAUUAUGUCUUAUUGCACACCAUAUGGUGCUUAUCCUCCACAACCAUAUGGAUAUGGGUAUACUCCAUCACCAUAUGGAUACAAUGCUGCACCACCACCGACAAUAUAUGGAUACACGACACCGCCUAUGGCUGCACCAGCGAGGCAGAGAGGAGGCAUGGGGAUGGGGUUAGGCCUCGGGCUCCUCGGUGGUGCAGUUGGUGGGAUGAUGCUCGGUGACAUGGUCGGUGAUUUCGAGGCCGACGCUGCCUAUGACGCCGGCUUCAAUGAUGGGAUGAGUUUCAAAAUCUUACAGUCUGGUUAUGAACGGAGUAUGUCCUUGUAAAUUUGUUAUGUGCAUUGAAAAUGAGUAAAGAAACUGAAAUCAUUGAAAUGUGCAAGAUCAUUUUGGCUUUUUUAUGCCCUAAGUGCAAAGUCAAGAGGAUUAGGAGCUGACGGGACUAUCAACGUGGGACCGUAGGAGGCCGCAUAGUGUAUAUUUAUAUGUCAAAGAGAUAUACAUGGAGUUUGUUUACAAUGCACAAGAUCAGGAGGAGAUCACGGUUUGGUUUAUAUCUCACCAACCGGAUAAACAUGAGUUGUUGGAAUCUAAUCCUAACACUCCCCCUUAAUCACAACUUCCCUACGUUGAGAUUACGUCUGAACUUUUGUAAGCUUCGUACUGGCAAUGCCUUGGUGAAGCCGUCUGCAACUUGAUCUUGAGAAGAGAUAAAUCUGACAUCCAGAAGUUUGUUCGCAACUUGUUCUCGAACAAAGUGAUAAUCUAUCUCAAUGUGUUUAGUUCUUGCAUGAAAUAUUGGGUUAGCAGAUAGAUAGGUGGCACCCAAGUUGUCACACCAUAGACACGCUGCUUGAUUCCGCUUGACACCAAGUUCAUCAAGUGUGGAUUCUACCCAGCGCUCCAAGACACUAGAUUCGGACCGAGGAAGAUGGCAAAACCUCCUGUUGAUCUUCUGUCAUCAACACAACCAGCUCAAUCAGCAUCUAAGAAGGCACUCACCAGCAUAGAAGAGGAUCUCCUGAAGGUUAGUCCAACUCCUGGUGUGCCUUUGAUGUAUCUCAAUAUCCGCUUGGCUGCAGUCUAGUGUUCUGAGGUUGGAGCAUGCAAGAACUGACAUAUCUUAUUAACAGAGUGUGAUAUAUCUGGUCAGGUGAGAGUUAAGUAUUGAAGUGCACCAACAAUACUCCUAUAUCUUGUUCCAUCUUCAGCACACAGUGGUUCGCCUUCAUGUGCAGAUAGUUUCUCCGAAGUAGAUAAUGGAGUUGGUGGAGGCUUACAAUCUUUCAUACCGACCCUAUCAAGCAAUUCAGUAGCAUAUUUUUCUUGGCACAAAAUCAAACCAUCAUUAGUCUUCUUAACUUCAAUGCCUAGAAAAUAAUGCAAGUCUCCUAAAUCUUUCAAAGCAAAGUGUGUUCUUAAAUCUUCUAGUAGAGCAGGAAUGGUCUUACUUGAUGAACUUGUAACAAUUAUGUCAUCAACAUAAAUGAGCACAAAUAUUGUUAUACCUGCCUUACUGUAUAUGAAGAGAGAUGUAUCUGACUUUGAUGGUUUGAAACCAAGAUCUUGUAGCUUUGAGCUUAACUUUGAAUACCAGGCUCUUGGGGCUUGCUUCAACCCA